AUGUCUACGUCUACUUUCGCGCUCGAUCCUGCAAUAUUCAAUCGGGCAUUAUACAAGAAAAUAACAGACUUGUGGUUCCCUGGCGUCGAUGUAACCGGUCAGGACUUUGACAUGAGCAUUGCGAAACGCUGGUUCGCAGGCAGUCCCGAGGAGGGAAUUCUCUUUGAUGGACAAUGUAGAGAUACAUGCGUGAAUGCGCUCGAAGCUAUCGGACCAGACAGGUUUCCAGAAGCGAAUGCGCAGCCAUUUCUGGACGAGAUUGCGCGAGUUGCCAACGAGGAAGGCAAGGUAGAUACUGCAACGGGAGAGGAAGCUGCAUGGGCGGCACUGAGCUUCGCACUGCUGCUAGAUCAAAUGCCACGGAAUGUCUACCGCACAGAAGAAGGAUUGCGACUGGUGUACACGCAUUACGACCGCAUCGCUCAUGCGUUCAUUCGCAACAUUUUGUCGCCCUCUUCGCCCAUUCCGCGCCCAGACACACACCCAGCCAUGCGUCUUUCUGCUGCGCAUAGGACUUGGCUUUACAUGCCGCUUAUGCACUCUGAAGAUCUGUCCGCCCACGACCUCGCCGACGAAAUACUGGCGGAGUUUGCACGAGAACUCGAAGGCUUAGAGGGGUACAAGGGCACGAAGAUGUGGCUUGAAAAUUACCAGAAAGCUGCAAAGGAACACCGGGAUAUACUGGAGCGUUUUGGUAGGUAUCCUCAUCGGAAUGCUGCCUUGGGUAGGGCUAGUACAGAUGACGAGCGGAGGUUUAUAGAGGAAGGAGGAGCAACGUUUGGUGUUGCACAGAAUCAGAAGGGAGACACCAAGAAGGUAGAUGCAGUAUAG